AUGCAGACCACCAAGGCCUUCCUUCCCAAGAUGUUGGAGCUGAACCACGGCCACAUUGUGACGGUUGCCAGCUCUCUGGGGCUAUUCAGCACAGCUGGCGUUGAGGAUUACUGCGCCAGUAAGUUCGGGGCCAUCGGCUUCCACGAGUCGCUGAGCCACGAGAUCAAGGCUUCGGAUAAGGACGGCAUUAAGAUGACGCUGGUGUGUCCCUACCUGGUGGACACGGGCAUGUUCAAAGGCUGCAGGAUAAGGAAAGAGAUUGAGCCCUUCCUGCCGCCCCUGAAGCCAGAGUUCUGCGUAACACAGUCUAUGAGGGCCAUUCUCACGGAUCAGGCUAUGAUCUGCACCCCUCGAAUCGUAUAUAUGGUCAACAUCAUGAAAAGCAUCCUGCCCUUCGAGGCCAUCGUUUGUAUGUACAGGUUCCUGGGUGCUGAUAAAUGUAUGUACCCCUUCCUUGCCCAGAGGAAGGAGCUGAUGAACAACAACGAGGCUAAGGAGGAUAUCUAACGGGAGGACCAGGCGAAGGCACAUGGCCUGGAGGCACCAGGAUAGACCACUGAGGGAGCAUGGAUGAAGAGAAAUAAGACUGAAUCUAGACUGGUGCACUUUGCAUUGAGUGGAUACAAAACGGUUGACUGUAGCGUUCUUCUGGAACGAUGCCAGCUGUGUACAAAAACACAAAAGAUUUAUUUCUGACGGUUGUUUAAAGAAACCAAUCAUCUAUAUACUGUGUCAAUAGUUUAAACAUUUUUUUUUUUUUUAAUCAUAUGAUAUUUUUUUUUUGAAAGGUAUUCAGUAAUUAACUAUUUACAUAAUGUAGUCACCAGCUUUUUAUGUAGCGUCUCGGUGGAAAAUAUGCAGUAUGUUACUGUACAGUACAAUCUUGUUACUUUUAGUUGUUUUAAUUUGUAGACAUGCACUGUAAUACUGACUUUCUCUAUAUGGCCAAGUCUCCAUGUCGAAACUACGGUUCAACAUGGCAUUUCCAUAAUUACAUUACUCCUGCAAAACCCCUGAGGCUCAGUCUAACCAAUCACAACAUGAUGCUCCAAAUGGUUAUCCAAUCAUACUGUUAGCUUGCCUUUAUGUAUUUUCAUUCUGCAGAUCACUUGAAGAUUUAUUGAAGAUUAUUCCAUUUAUUUCAAACCCGUUCAUUUUAACGUUAUUUUAAGUUUACAACAUUUUAACGUUGUCCUAAGUUUACAACAUUUUUGUAUUUCACUUCUUAUUUUUUUUUGUCACCAUGGAAAAUCCAAACAGCAAAUCAUUGAAUUGUAGAGCAUGUUAUUAUUGUUUUUCUCCUCCAGAGAAGGUUUAUAUUCAUCUUUCCAGCUGAAUACUCCAUUUCUCUCCUGUUAGAAUAGUGGUACCGAAUAUUGGAAUAUUAGUUAGCAUAUUGGCUGACCUACCUGAGGCUUAUCCAAUCGGAUGACACAUUUCAGAACGUCCAGACGUGGAAUUCAACCAAGCCAGUUUUCAUAUAUCGUCCUGUCUGAGUUUCCAGGUGUUUUCCAGAAAUCCUGGUUGGAAGAUUCCUAGAAUCACAUGUUUUUAUGUCAUGAAUCCGCCACAAAGUCAUAAAAUCGAGUCAUUUUUUAACAUUUUUAACCUUAAUCACACUGAUCACCUUAAUGCCUAACCUUAAAUUAGAUCAAAAAGCACUUUUUUUUUCUUGUUCUUGAAUUCUUGAAUUUUUACAAUAUAGCACAUUUUGACUUUGCAGCUCUCCCAUCUAGGCAAGUUGACGUUUAUUGGGAUGAGUCUUGUCCUUGAGGCAGAACUGAGCCAUUUCUGCUAGAUGGGCCAGCUGCGAAGUCAAAAUUGGCUACAUUCAUAAAAACAAAUGUGUUUUUUUGGUCUUAAUUUGAAGUU